UAAAAGAGCAGCUCAGCGAAGAGCCUCCAGCACUGAGUCGGGGGAGGAGAAGGUGGGAGACGGAGGUGCAGGAAAGAGAGGAGGUGUGCAGAGGAUGAGUGAUGGGGAGGAAACACCAGCGAGGGAGGGAGCUGAGGUCUGCUGGCUGGGAAGUAAAACAAGACAAAGUGGUUAAAGAGCAGAGCAGCUUCCUCUCUAUUGUUCGUCCUGCAUUAGUCAUCUGCUGUGCCUGUGGGACCCCCCUCCCAUCUGCCUUGGCUCCAUUUCCAUCCGCCCCGCUCCACCCAGAGACACUGAUAUGUGGAAAACUCACCUUCGUUUUUUUUUUUUCUCCUGCUCCCUUCAUAUCCCUUUCAAAAGCUCUUCAAACGCUGACUCAUUUCCGGCCGUUUCUCUCAUCAACCUGCUGCUCAGAGGCUUUUGUUGUGCGUCAACUCACUGCUCUGCACACCCUGCAAAGACUCUGCGGUGGGCUCACAAUAACCCGUGUGCUGGUAUGCAAAGCGAUUGUGGAGGAGAAGGAGGGAGAGAAGGGUCAGGUGUACAAGCAGAAGAAGCCCACCAUGUACCCACCGUGGAGCACCACAUUCGACGCCCAUGUCCACCGCGGGCGCAUCAUGCACAUUAUGGUGAAGGACCGAACGGCAGAGCUCAAAUCAGAGGCCACAGUGGCUUUGGACUCUCUCGCAACACGAUGCAAGAAGGAGAACGGCAAACUGGAGAUUUGGUUGGAGAUGAAGCCACAGGGUCGCCUGUUGAUGGAAGCCAGAUACUAUUUGGAGAAAAGUGAUGCAGGAGGUCAGACGGACGCUGACCUGGAGUCGGAGCAGGAGAGAGACGGCCUGUUCACACUCCACCAGCGACGCGGUGCCAUCAAACAGGCCAAAGUUCACCUYGUCAAAUGUCACGAGUUCAGCGCCACGUUCUUCCCUCAACCGACCUUCUGCUCCGUCUGCAAGGAGUUCGUCUGGGGCCUCAACAAGCAGGGCUACCAGUGCAGACAGUGCAAUGCUGCUAUCCACAAAAAGUGCAUAGACAAAGUCAUCGCUAAAUGCACUGGAUCAGCCAUAAACAGCAAAGAAACCAUGAUCCACAAGGAGCGCUUCAAGAUCGACAUGCCCCACCGGUUUAAAGUCUACAACUACAAGAGCCCCACCUUCUGUCAGCACUGUGGCACGCUGCUGUGGGGGCUCGCCAGGCAGGGGCUCAAAUGUGAGGAAUGCAGCAUGAAUGUUCACCACAAAUGCCAGAAGAAAGUGGCCAACCUCUGUGGGGUCAACCAGAAACUGAUGGCAGAAGCUCUGGCCGUCAUUGAGAUUCAACAGCAGGCCAAAAGUACGAAGGAGUCUGACAUCAUUGGGCGAGAAGGUCCAGUCGGCAUCGGCCAGCCAGGCGUGGUCCGAGCUCCGUCCGGGUUAGUAACGGAUUUACCUGUCUCAUCGGCACCUGCAAGCAAAGCAGAUUUGUCGGGGGUUCUGUGGGAGGGGCCGACAGAAGUCUGCAGGCUGAGCUCUGCCGCCGCUCCAGAAGAAGAACCUCUUUACGCCGUUCCAAAGAAGGACCAUCAGUCCAAAUUCAACAUUGAGGAUUUCACUCUGCACAAGAUGCUCGGGAAAGGCAGCUUUGGGAAGGUGUUUCUGGCCGAACUGAAGAAGAGCGGGAAGUUCUUCGCGGUGAAGGCUCUGAAGAAGGACGUGGUGCUGAUGGACGAUGACGUGGAGUGCACCAUGGUGGAGAAGAGGGUUCUGUCUUUAGCCUGGGAGAAUCCCUUCCUCACACACCUUUACUGCACUUUCCAGACGAAGGAGAACCUGUUCUUUGUGAUGGAGUAUCUGAACGGAGGUGAUCUCAUGUUCCACAUCCAAAGCUGCCACAAGUUUGACGUACACAGAGCCACAUUUUAUGCAGCUGAAAUCAUCUGUGGGCUCCAGUUUUUACACUCUAAAGGAGUCAUUUACAGAGAUCUGAAGCUGGAUAAUGUGCUGCUGGAUUCAGAUGGUCAUAUAAAGAUUGCAGACUUUGGGAUGUGCAAAGAGAACAUGGAGGAGGAGUCGCGGACCUCCACCUUCUGCGGAACCCCCGACUACAUCGCGCCUGAGAUCCUGCUGGGUCAGAAGUACAACAGCUCAGUGGACUGGUGGUCGUUCGGAGUGCUGCUCUACGAGAUGCUGAUCGGUCAGUCGCCGUUCCACGGUCGCGAUGAAGAGGAGCUCUUUCAGUCCAUAAGAACAGACAACCCUGUUUACCCCAACUGGCUCACCAAAGCAGCUAAAGACAUAAUGAUUAAGUUGUUUGUCAGAGAGCCUGAGGAGCGGCUCGGAGUGAAGGGAAACAUCAGGCAGCACGCUUUCUUCACCAGCAUGGACUGGAGCGCUCUGGAGCAGCGGCAGGUGAUGCCACCCUUCAAACCCACUUUAACGUCACCGAGCGAUUGCAGCAACUUUGAUAAAGAGUUCAUCAAUGAGAAGCCCCGGCUGUCGUGCGCCGAUCGCACGCUCAUCAACAGCGUGGACCAGACGAUGUUCAGGAACUUCUCUUUUGUCAAUCCAGGGAUGAAUCGCAUAGCGGCACGUUGACCAAGAAUACCUCCGAACAACCAACCAGCACUAACCUUUACUGACCCAAACUUCAGACGGUGACCGUCUGCAGAACUCAGCAACAUGAUGAGUGAACGCACCAGGAGGGGUGUGUCCUGACUGUACCGUGACUCUAUAUUUAACACAAGUGUUGUAAAACUAGAUGGACAACAAAAACUAGAUUUUAUUUCGUACUGUAAUCAUGAUGGCAUUCUGUUAGUCUGGCUAACAAAUAAUCCCUCAAUCCAAGUUUACAAAAGGGACAAAAAUAAUUAUGAACCAGGUGUGUUCUGAGGAAUUUCUAUCAGUAAUCAAAAAGAAAUUAUUUUCCUGAGACACAAAUAUUCAUUUUCCUCUCAUUAUUUUGGUAUUUCUUUUUCACACCGAGCUUCCUGCUGAUGUCACAUCUGUGGGGAUGAAGCUGAUAUUUUGAAAAAAAUAAGUGGUCUUGUGCAAAAGUUUUAAAGCAAAGUCCACAAGAAACUGGAACUACUGAUCAAAACCACGUUAUACAAUGGGUAAAAUAAGUAUUGAACACGUCACCAUUUUUCUCAGUAAAUAUAUUACUAGAGGUGCUAGUGACAUGACAU